AUGUUAUCAUCUGUUCCCACCAGGCUAAUUGCGCGAAGGUCGCGCAGCCUGUCACCGUGCAGUCGUGUGCUCCAGACUAGUGCUAGCGGUGCGGCCUGUCAGGGCAUCCGUGAAACACCGACGGAGGCCAACCGCAACCCCAUUGUAUCCACCUCCCGCGUCUCGAGGAGGGGGAUUUUGGCUGAAGAGACCUCUGGUUCCAGUGUCAAUCUGUCAGUGCAGUACCACCACCUCGCCCCUAGAUGGCUGUCCAACCUGGAGAACCGUCGCAGCUCCUGGGCGGCUCUGGCCAACAGGGGGCGUAACAAUAACAAAUAUUGGGAGGAGAGCGGGCAGAGCGGCGGAGGUGAAGGCCGGGGAACAGGUGGAGGAGCCAGCCGGGCAGGAGUGGCCUCUGCCGGUGUGCUGUCUGCUGCAGCCGUGGCCUUCUGCCUGAAGAGAGACUCUGAUUCCAAAGGUGAUGCUCUUCUGGAGGCAGCAAGGACCAAUAACGCUCAAGAUGUGGCCAGGCUGCUAAACGAAGGGGUGGACCCAAAUCACCGCCACCGUCUCGGUUGGACCGCUCUCAUGGUGGCUGCCAUGAACCGACAGCACAGUGUGGUGAAGGUUCUGGUGGAAGCCGGUGCCGACCCAAACGCCGGAGACAACUUCAACAAUGUUUACGACACCUCACGGGAGAAAGGCAUCCACUCCCUGGAAGUCCUGGUGUCCAGAGAGGAUGAAUUCAGCAGCAGACUCAGCAGCAGGGCGGGUUUCCGCGGCUGCACAGCGCUUCACUACGCCACACUGGCAGAUGACCCACACACUGUCCGCAUGCUGCUGGAGGCGGGUGCCAACCCCCUGCAGACCAAUGGUUUGGGACACACAGCACGGGCCUAUGCUAAGGAGGGAGAAGUGAGCACAGCACUGCAGGAGUGGGAGGGCAAGUUCCAGGAGGCGCAGGCUCGGCGGGAGGCAGAGGAGAGGAGGAGGUUCCCCCUGGAGAGGAGGCUGAAGGAGCACAUCAUCGGACAGGAGGGGGCCAUCAAUACCGUAGCCUCAGCCAUCAGGAGGAAGGAGAAUGGUUGGUACGAUGAAGAGCAUCCUCUCGUAUUCCUCUUCCUCGGUUCAUCAGGAAUUGGAAAGACAGAGUUGGCCAAACAGGUGGCCCGCUACAUGCACAAGGACAUUAAAAAGGGUUUCAUCCGUAUGGACAUGUCGGAGUUCCAGGAAAAACAUGAGGUGGCAAAGUUCAUCGGCUCUCCGCCGGGGUACGUGGGACAUGAGGAAGGAGGUCAGCUGACCAAGCUGUUGAGGGCAUGUCCCAACGCUGUUGUCCUGUUUGAUGAAGUAGACAAGGCCCAUCCUGAUGUACUCACUAUCAUGCUGCAGCUCUUUGAUGAGGGUCGUCUCACAGACGGUAAGGGGAAGACCAUCGAAUGUAAAGAUGCCCUCUUCAUCAUGACGUCCAAUGUUGCAAGCGAUGAAAUUGCCCAGCAUGCACUGCAGCUCCGCCAGGAAGCUGAGGUGGUGAGCCGCAGAAAACUGGCUGACAACCUCGAGGACGUACAGAAAAGUGAUGACAUCAAAAUCUCCCGACAGUUUAAAGAAUCUGUGAUUCGACCAAUCCUGAAGGCUCAUUUCCGGAGGGACGAGUUUCUGGGUCGGAUCAAUGAAAUAGUUUACUUCUUGCCAUUCUGUCACUCAGAGCUGCUACAGCUGGUCAGCAAAGAGCUCAACUUCUGGGCCAAGAAAGCUAAGCAGCGGCAUGACAUCACUCUUCAGUGGGAUCGCCCGGUGCUGGACCUUUUGGCGGGAGGGUAUAACAUGCAUUAUGGAGCGCGCUCCAUCAAACACGAGGUUGAGCGGCGGGUUGUCAACCAGUUAGCUGCAGCGUACGAGCAGGAGCUGCUGCCAAAAGGCUGCACCCUGCGUCUGUCUGUCCAAUCAGAAGGCCAGGAGGAGCGGAGCUCACUCAGUCUGCGCCUUGAGGUGGUAGGAGAGGACAGCUCGCCAAGAACGCUGGAUAUUCGUCCACCACUCAGCCCUGAACACUAAUGAAGAAAAGACAACACAACACAAGAACACAAAGGAUCUAUACAGAUAUGUAUGCACACAUGCACACACAGUAUCAUCGUCUUCAUCAUCAUCAUCAUUCAUUGUCAGGAGGAUGGAUGGUCCCUGAUGGAUGUUACCAAUAAAAGUACCUCUGAUAAACACAUCACUGCCUCUCUGUUUCAGUACACACAUGCAGUAAUUUCAUGCCAACGUGUCCACAACAUGCAGUACAAUACCUGCCAACAAUACUGUUACCAUUUAACAGCUUAUCUUACAACAGAGCUUCAUAGCAGUUGGAGCUGAUAUUAAGAACUGUGCAGAGACUCAUUAGAUAUAAAAAUGACGCACAGACUAGCGUAAGUAGCUGUGUUGCAGGUCAUUGUAGCAGCACAGGUUUCAGUGUCCCUGUGCAUUUUCACAAACACUACAGAACAUCUUGUUAGCCGCAACGUCCGUCAACAUGUUGACACUCUGACCAACGAGUAUGAAGCAGUCAUUACUACAUUAUAACAACAGUACUCAGAAAUUAUUACUACAUUCUUGCAUGAGUACUCAGUACUCCACCACACCCAUCUCUAAACUCAGCCAACUACACAGACAUAAACACCUGCCAAAGUACUCAAUAACACUGUCAUGGCUGGUAAUCAAACAUGUCAUUAGUGGAUUGAAGCCAUUGUGCUGACUGAAAUAUGAGCUUUGCUGCAUUAUGUUGGUAGAAGCCAACUGUUGAACCACUCAACUGUUACAUAGUGAAAAGUUUAUGUCCACCUCAUUGAAUAAAAUAAUAUAUCAUAUUUAUUAAAGCUUUUAUGUGUAAGUUAAGUUAAUGGCAGUGGACAGUGGUAUAUCUGAUCUGAUGUUAAUGCUGAUUAAUGCAUGGAUGCAGAGAUGAAGAAUGGAGAAUGGGUACUGAUCAGAACAUUUUAACUAGUAGUAAAACUACUGCUAUACCAACUGAUUUAAUUCAAAGAUGACAAAGCCAACUUCUCAAUUUGCUGUGAAGGAAAAGAAAGCAUGAAUGACCAAAGAUAGUUUGCCUCAGAUUGUUGCCUGUGUCUUCACUUUAAUGCACAUUACAGUUGUGGAGAAACCCUCACCAGCAGAGCUACACUGAUAAAUAUAUGUAGAAACAACCUGCUCAUUCAUUUCAUUUUAGUAAUGAACGUGUUAGUGGAGAAAUCCCCAGCAAAAAUGUGCAGCAGUCAGUUUGAAUUAUGGAUAAUAUAACUGUCUGGUGAAUCGUUUCUGUUGAUGCAUGUUAAUGUAAAGAAGUCUCAUCUGUCACGACAGCGUGCUCUGGUGCUGUACAGUGUGUCUGUGUGACAUUAAGAGAAAUUUAGAGUCAUAAAGAAUUAGUAAUCAAAGUGUUGUAUCAUAAAUGUUCGAACAGCGUGUUUACAAGGCGCCUAAUGUAAUCGAGCAACAUUUCUCAUUCUUGUAUCCCAACCUCCGCCAUGUAAAUAAAAUCAUCACAAC